CUCAAUGUCACAAGGGUCAUUUCGAAUAGGUUUGUUCUAAUUGAUAGAUUUGAAAUCUUAUCAAAAAGAACGUGCUUCUGAUUGGUUAGUUCUGAGGACGCUUGGAUUAUUUGAGAAAUAUCAGCCAAUAACAAAUUAUAUCCUGAAAAAUAUUCUCAAAACGAGGUUAGAAAACAUAUUUUCGUACCUUAGAUUGGGAGUGGGAGGUCACCUCCACGAUCGAUAAUUUACAUCUGAAUUCUGAAAUCAAUACCAAUAGGCGAGGCGGCUGAAUAUUUUAAUAGUUUUCCAAGAGCCUGAAAGGAAAUAGGCUCAGGACAUCCACGCGUCCCUUCGCAGUUGGCUAACCUCCAACACUUCGUCCGAAGUCGCUGAGAAUAUGCGCAUACAAUACGGAGGUUCUGUGACUGCGUCUAACGCUAAGGAGCUGGCUGCUUGCCCCGACAUAGACGGCUUCCUCGUCGGCGGAGCAAGCCUUAAACCGGAGUUCUUAGACAUAUGCAAUGCCCAAGUUAUGUGUUAGACGGCAGUAUAUCCUAACCGUUAAUUUGCCAAGCUACUAUUUACUAUUUGGCAAAUCUUUUUGUUGGGACCUUGUCCCCCAAAGUUUAUCGAUGUUAAACAAAUCAGUAUCAUAUAUUAUGUGUAAUACAUAUAAAUUAUGUUUUUUUUCUUUUUUAUUUUAAGACUGUUCCUGCAAAUUAUUUGAUUGAUUUUGAAGACAGUUGUUUAAUUCCAAAGAUUUGAUUCAUGAAUAUGUGCAAUCUGGAAUAAUUCGCUUGUAAUCAAAUAAAAUAUUUCGUAAACAUAACUAUCUGUGUGUUUACUCUAGAUAAAAAUAUACUCAUAUGUGUAAACAUAUUUCAUUACGUUUAAGCAUUAAUGUUUUUGAAGUUUGUUCUUAUUACUUGUAUGGUUAAAUCAAUAUUUGAUUUUGUAUUUUUUUUUUCUGAUUAAGAACAAAAUUUCAUUACAUUUAAGUAUUCAAGUUUUUGAAGUAUGUUCUUGUUACUUUUAUAGUUAAAUCAAUAUUUAAUUUUGCAUUUUGUUUUCUGAUUAAGAACAAUAAGUUCAAUGCUUGUACUUCUGUGUCUGUAUACUACAUAAUAAACCUUUAUUGUCUA